GUGUAGUCUACUUAAAUUAAUAUUUUGUUAUCAAUGCUAUUUACAUCUUAACGUUAGAAACGUUAAAAGAAAUAGACACUUCAAAGAUUGAUUUCUUUUUUUCAUCAAGUUCAUCACCAACAAUGAUUCAGCUACUUGGACUUACAAUUUGUCUUUUGGGAAGUACAAUUACAGCAGAAAAUAUUACAUGCAGCAAUUUUUGUAAACGAGGUGUAGAUAAUACAACGGAGACGUGUAACACUACUACUGGUGAAUGUAUAUAUGGCUGUAUUGUGGGCUUUGCUGGACCAAAUUGUUCUUAUGAAUGCCCAGAUACUUGCAUAUAUCCAGCAGAAAAUGAAACAGGGACAUGUAAAUAUAUAACUGGGGAAUGUGUCCAUGGUUGUGAGGAUGGAUUUUAUGGUUUAAACUGCACACAGAGAUGCUCUGACAUAGACGCAAACUGCGGACGAUGUGCAUCAAACUAUAAUGACAAAAUUGAAUGCAAGCAGUGUAGAACAAACUUUUAUCUGUCAAAUGGAAAAUGUUUAUAUUGUAACUACUGGUGUUUGGUUGUAUCUGGUAGUGCUACGCCGUUAUGCAGGCAUGAGGAUGGAUAUUGCAAUUAUGGUUGUAGACCAGGACGUUAUGGUUUCACGUGUGGGUUAAAGUGUAGUUCUACGUUUAGGGAUGUGUGUAACAGAGAAACUGGAAAAUGUUCAGAAUGUGGAUAUCCAAGUUAUUGCGGACCAACUUGCAAAAUAUCAUGUCAGUAUGGAUGUUUGUUACAACAAUGUAAUCAAACUUGUCAGUGCACGAAAGGAUGUGUAGCUACACACUGGGGAGAACAAUGUCGGAGCCCAUGCAACACAAACUGUAUGAAACCACCAGAUUAUACACGUCGUGUUUGUAAUGGAAUCGAUGGGACAUGUUUGUAUGGUUGUAAUGGCAACAAAUAUUGGGAAAGUCAAUGCACAGAACUUUGUUCUAAUGGAUGCAUAAAGGGAACAUGUGAUCAAGAAUCUGGGGUAUGUAUAGGAGGAUGUACAACAACACAAGUUUAUGGUCAGAGUUGUGAUGAAUCUUGUUCAAGUGGGUGUUUAAAUGGCACAUGUGAUCAAGAAUCUGGGAAUUGUACCGAAGGAUGCACAAGUAAAACGGUAUAUGGUUCUCGAUGUAAUAUUUCAUGUAACGAAAAUUGUGAUGGAGGGACAUGCAACAGAGAUACUGGAUAUUGUGAUAAAGGAUGCAAGACAGGAACAUACGGAAAUAAAUGUGACAUACAGUGCAGCAAAAGUUGUAUGGGUCGCGCAUGUGAUAGGAUAAACGGAUUGUGUACUUUUGGUUGUGUACUUGGGAGGUACGGACACCAAUGUGAAGUAAUCUGCAAUGACAAAUGUUUGAACCUGAAAUGCGAAAGAAUCGAUGGACAAUGCACAUAUGGGUGUAUAUUAGACUACUUUGGAUCUGAAUGUAACUUCACUGAAACCCUAGAGAAAAACGACGAGAAAGAAAUAAGUAAUGAAGACAGCACUAUGUUUUGGAUCACUAUAUGUGGUUGGUCUUUGUUUGUUAUAUUUAUGGUUACUGCAGUUGCUGUUGAUGUUUUAAGAAGACGAAAGAAACGAAAAGGUAACAGAAACCAAGCAGAUACAGCCAUUGAAGAUCAGUCACCGAUAUCGCUGAUUACAUCUUCAUUUGGAAAUAAACCUUUAACAAUGAGACACAACUUUAAUGUUUUGUAUAUUCGCAAUGAUUAUAAAUUUUCAAUAAUGAUUGAGCAAUUUGGACUUACGAUUCUGCUAUUAGGAACUGUAAGAGCAGAGGACAUAACGUGCAGCAGUUACUGUAUGACAGGUCCAGACAACACAACAGAUACAUGUACUACUACCGGUGACUGUUUAUAUGGCUGUAGCACGGGUUUUGUCGGGCAAAAUUGCAUGAUCGAAUGCUCAUUUGGAUGCGCAUUUUCUUCACAGAAUGACAUAGAACUAUGUAACAGCUCAACAAAAGAAUGUUUCCAUGGAUGUAAACCAUAUUUUGUAGGUGCAACAUGUUCCUUCAAAUGUCCAGACACGUGUAUGGUAUCAACAGAUCCAAAAGCGGAAGUUUGUAACAUCAGCACUGGGGAAUGCUUAUUCGGGUGUCUGUAUGGUUUUGCAGGACCAAACUGCACGAUAAUAUGUCCAGAUAAAUGUGGAAUAUCUGAAGAAGUGUAUAUACAAACUUGCAACGCAACCACUGAUGAAUGCUUGUUUGGGUGUAAACAGGGAUUUGGAGGACCGGAUUGCACAACGAUAUGCCAAAACACGUGUAUAAGACCAGCGUUUAAUGAUACUGAAACAUGUGAUAUCACCGGGACUUGUGCUUUAGGAUGUACAGCGGGAUAUGCCGGUCAUAACUGUUCGUAUGAAUGUCCUGUCAACUGUAGUACACCCGAAAAUAGUACGGAAACAUGUAAUUCUUCAACUGGAGAAUGUUUACAUGGAUGCAAAGAUGGUUUUGCGGGUCUAAGUUGUUCCAUUAAGUGUCCCGAAAAUUGUUUUUCUCUCAAUUAUGAAACCUGUAAUUAUACAAAUGACGAAUGUCUGCAUGGGUGUCAUAAAGGAUUUGCUGGGCAAAACUGCUCAUAUGAAUGUCCUGUGAACUGCACCUAUCCAACAAUGGAUGGGGAGGAAACUUGCAAUUAUACUGAUGGAACAUGCAUGAAUGGAUGUAACAAAGGUUUGAUGGGACCAGACUGUUCUUAUCCAUGUCCAGAAAAUUGCAAACUUCCUGAUCGAGAUGGAGAAGAUACUUGCAAUUUUACAUCCGGGGAAUGUCAUCUUGGGUGUAACAAUGGUUUUGAUGGACCUAAUUGUUCAUUCGAAUGCCCAAAGAAUUGUUUAUUUCCUUCAGAAAACGAAACAGGAACAUGUAAUUUUACGUCUGGUGAAUGUUUACAUAGUUGUAAUAAUGGGUUUGCGGGAGGAAACUGCUCAGUUAAAUGUCCAGGGAACUGUGCGUCUUAUGACAGAGGUGUAGACAUAUGUAAUGCAACUACUGAAGAAUGUUUAUUUGGUUGUAAAGAUGGAUUUUAUGGUUCAAACUGCUCCGAAAGAUGUUAUGAUGUAGACGGAAACUGUGAAAAGUGCACCGCAAGACAUGAUAAUAACGGAAUUGAAUGCAUUCAAUGUAGAAGCCACUUCUAUAUGUCAGCUGGUAACUGUUUAUCGUGUAACUACUGGUGUUUAACUGUAACUGGAAGUAUUGAGCCGACAUGUAGGCAAGAGGAUGGAUAUUGUAAUCAUGGUUGUAAAACAGGCCGUUAUGGUUUCUUGUGUGGGAAUAAAUGUAGUUCCACUUGUAGAGAUGAGUGUAACAGAGAAACUGGAAAGUGUUCAGAAUGUAAAUAUCCAAGUUAUUGCGGAGCAACUUGCAAAAUAUCAUGCCCGUAUGGAUGUUUGUUAAAACAAUGCAAUCAAACGUGUCAGUGCAUGAAAGGAUGUGUUGCUACACAUUGGGGAGAACAAUGUCAGAGCCCAUGUAACACAAACUGCAUUAAACCAUUAGAUUAUACACCCCAUGUUUGUAAUGAAACUGAUGGGACAUGCUUGUAUGGUUGUAUUGGCAGUGAAUAUUGGGGAAAUCAAUGCACAGAACCUUGUUCCGAUGGAUGUAUAAAUGGAACAUGUGAUCAAGAAUCUGGAGUAUGCAUAGGAGGAUGUACAACAACAACGGUGUAUGGUAGGCGUUGUGAUGAACCUUGUUCAAGUGGAUGUAUUAAUGACACAUGUGAUAAAGAAUCUGGGAAUUGUACCGAAGGAUGCAGAAAUUCAACGGUAUAUGGUUCUCGUUGUAAUAUAUCAUGUAACGAAAAUUGUGAGGAUGGAACAUGCAACAGAGAUACCGGAUAUUGUGAUAAAGGAUGUAAGACAGGAACACACGGAAACAAAUGUGACAAACAGUGCAGCAAAAGUUGUAUGGGUCGCGCAUGUGGAAGAAUAAACGGCUUUUGUACAUUUGGUUGUGUAAUUGGGAGGUUCGGCAACCAAUGUGAACUAAUCUGCAAUGACAAAUGUUUGAACUUGAAAUGUCAAAGAAUCGAUGGAAAAUGCACUUAUGGAUGUAUAUUAGACUACUACGGAUCUGAUUGUAACUUCACUGAAGCUCUAACGAAAAACGACGAGAAAGAAAUAAGUUAUGAAGACAACACUAUGCUUUGGGUCACUAUAUGUUGUUGGUUUUUGUUUGUUAUAUUUAUGGUUACUGUAGCUGCUGUUUUGGUUUUGAGAAGACGAAAGAACCGUAAAGGUCACGGAAACCAAACAGAUACAUCCAUUGAAGAUCAGUCACCGAUUUCUUUUCAGCAAGGGUAUACAUCAUUACAGAAGGAACAAUGUGAUGUGAAAAACUACGAGAAUUUACAGCUUUGAGGAUUCAUAUUGUCAUAGGCUACAACUUAGAACCCUGAAUAUAUUGUUCGUUUAAACUUUUCUAUAUAAUAUCACAGUUCUAUUGUUAUCAAGUUAUCAGACGUUUGCUUACGUAAAAAAAUCUUUGAUACUGUUUUCAAUGUGUUCUUCAUAUUGUAUAAUGAAUUGUGUAUAUUGUCUAUUGUAAAAUAAUUUUGUUAAAUACCAGGCAUUGACCAGAUCGAUUAAAAUAUUGCUAUGCCCGAUGUUGUGUCUAUCCGAAUUUACAUGUACCUGUAACUGUUUCAUUAUCGUCUGGUGGUCCAGAUUGACCGCUUCGUUAUUAUUUCAUUUUAAUUUGACUAAUUGUCACAGUAUAAUUAUCGUCCAUUUAACACAAUUGUAUGUUUUAAUAUUGAUAACAACCAUUGAUAUCACACAAUUGUCCGUAUAUUUAUGUAAAAUUCAGUCACAGGUAUAGCGCGCCAUAUUUGUUGUUGUCGCUGUAUGCUCCGUGUGACGUCACAUUCUAAUCGCGUGAUACGAGGUUCACAACAACAACAAAACAGUUAUAGUAAAACCUCAGUCGAAAAUCGAGAACUCGACCGGGUGGUCAGUGAAUGGGUUAUAUAUUUACUUUAUAAAGAUAAAUAAGGUUUUACCAGUCUUUGAUCCAUAAUAGAAAUCCUAAAUUUUAAAUACUAUAGAUAAAGACCCCUUGACCAGAUUGGGUCAAGAGUACUAAAUUUUUACCUUCUUCUUAAGACGACUAUCAGAUACUUGGAACUGGAUAUAUGAAUUAAAUCAUUAACUGUAUAAGUGAAUUUGUUUAUACUAAGUUGUUAUAAUAUUUAAGCGAAAACUGAAUUUGACCGAAUCCGGUCAAGGUAUAUUGAACAAUCUAUAUUUGUAUAUAAACUGUUUUAGUGUUUUAUUGGUAGUUGUGUGUUUGACCCAAUAUUAAAAUAGUGUGUAA